AUGACUGCGGUGGUCGCUGUUGGCACCCCCCUUGCGGAGGCCUUGAGUAAUGUGAUUCAACCGAAACUAGUAGAAAUGGGAUGGAGCUCCGAUGGCGGCGAUGAUUCAGCAUUAACCGAAUACGUGAUCCUCAUGCUUGUCAAUGGCAAAACACAGGAACAGAUCGCUGGCGAACUCUCAAAUGAUCUCCUUGGACUAGGCGAAGGAGAUACACAAGCCCUUGACUUCUCGCGAUGGCUCUUCGACCAGGUCGAGACCCUCAAUCAACAGAUCAACGGCGGGGGUGUUCUCCCUUCAAUUGAGACCGACUCUGCGCAGGCCAUUCCAUCAUUCAACGACCAGGAGGCAACCCCAAUUCAACAGAUGAAUGCGGGAUUUUCGGGAGAUGGUACCAUGGAUGCCGAUUUGAGCAUGGGUGACUCUGGAGCUGCGAACGACACGAUACCCACAGGACCAAAGGCGAUGCGCAACAAUCGUCAAGGUGGGAGGGGCAGGAUGCUCAAUCAAAUAAACAGACAGCUAGACCGCAACGACUCUGCGUUACAUCGCGUUCGUGGCCAAGGUGGUGGUGGACGGAUCAACUCUCAUGGCCGUGAUCAUACAAAGGGUCGCUUCCAUCAGCAUGGUGGGGGAAGGAUGCAAAGUGGACGUCAAAUGGGCGGAAUGGGUAUGGGGCCUAAUCCCAUGGCGGGUGGCCCAGGGAAUAUGAUGAACAUGACGCCACAUGAUCAGAUGCAGCUCAUGUCUCUACUUGAAGAACAAGCAAGGAUGAUGGCUCAAUUUAUGCCGGGAUUCGUGUCUCCUGCGAUCAACCCAGCUUUCCAACAGAACGGACCGCAGCAGGGUCGCUCAUUGUUCGACCGCGUGGAACGUCAACAGGGACGUCGGCCACAUGGAAACUUUGGCAAACGAGACGAACAAAACGCCGAUACCGAAAUGGACAUGAAGACAGACCAGGGCGGAGAACAGGAUGAAAGUAAUACGGACUCCGUUUGUCGCUUUAACCUCCGCUGUACCCGGAGAGAUUGCCCUUUUGCACACCAGUCGCCGGCUGCCCCCGAGGGUACUAACAUUGAUUUGUCCGAUGCAUGCCCCUACGGAGCCGCUUGCAAGAACAGGAAGUGUACCGCGCGUCAUCCUUCACCAGCUGUCAAGUCGGCACACCAAGCGGAAGAGCUGUGCAAAUUCUUCCCUCAUUGUGCGAACCCACACUGCCAUUUUAAACAUCCUUCGAUGCCUCUAUGCCGGAAUGGCGCCGACUGCUCGGUUGAGGGAUGCAAGUUCACUCAUGUCCAGACCCCAUGCAAAUUCAACCCUUGUCUUAACCCUUCGUGCUCCUACAAGCAUGCCGAGGGCCAGAAAGGGGCGUUUACGGACAAGGUAUGGACCGCUGAUGGGCAGCAAAAGCCGCAUAUGAGACUACCAUGUGCCCCUAGCCGUGCACUUAGGGGGUUGCGCACGCCAUUGGCGUUCGCCCGCAUCGGCCAGAGACAUUCUUCACAUACCUCAACGUACGAUGCUGCGGUCAUUGGCGCCGGCAUCACCGGCCUCACGGCAGCCUAUCGACUAUCGCAGGACCCCAAUUGCUCCAAGGUCACACUCUAUGAGAAGACUCCUCGUGUAGGGGGCUGGUUGCUGUCAGAAAAGAUUCCGGUCGAAGGUGGGAACGUUGUUUUUGAGUAUGGCCCGCGGACCUUGCGGACUUCAGUCCCCGCGUGCCUACCCCUUCUUGAUCUGCUCGUCGAACUAGGACUACAUGAUGAUGUUCUCUUGACGAGCAAGUCGUCGCCUGCCGCACGGAAUCGCUAUAUCUACUACCCCGAUCACCUCGUUCGCAUGCCUGCACCGGACCCCGAUGCCGGCCCGAUCCAAAAUAUCACAAACCCACUAUAUGCUAUGCUACGUGAGCCGGUCUUCGAGGGCUUACUUGGUAGUGCUAUCCUCGAACCGGUUCGUGCCCCCCCGGAGUCCAGGACACCAGACGAAUCCAUUGCCAACUUUGUAUCGCGCCGGCUAUGUCCGCAAGUGGCGGACAAUCUUGUUUCAGCGUUAUACCAUGGCAUCUAUGCGGGUGAUAUAAGUCGUCUAAGCGCACAGACAAUCAUGGGUAGCUUCCGCGACCUUGAGAACGAUGACCGCCGAGUUAUCGGAGGCUAUAUUAACUCUCUAAUGUCGGAUUUCAGGCAUAUGUUCAUGGAUGAUCUGUUGGCCCUCGAAACCGUACCACAGGAGAAAACGGGAUCCUAUUGGAAAAGCCUGCGGACGCUUGUCAACAAGACAAGCGUUCUGACGCUGAAGGAGGGUGUGGGUCAGCUCUCCGAUGCUUUAGUUGGUGCUUUGAACAAGUCUGAGAAGGUUGAUGUUUUGGCGAAUACGGACGUAACGUCCAUUACUCAAAACCCUACUACUCACGAUUUGGUUGUUGGAUCUGGGCAGGAUAGCUCUCGAGUCCAUAACCGCGUGAUUGCCACAAUUCCAGCUCCUGAUCUCGCAAAGAAGCUCGCCAACCUCACAACGCAAGACCAGAAACUACCUCAAGGUACUAUUCGAAAUCUGCAAGAGCACAACUAUGCGGUAACGGUUAUGGUUGUCAACCUGUAUUAUCCAAACCCGGACCUCCUUCCGGUCAGCGGUUUUGGAUAUCUGAUCCCGCGGUCCAUCCCUUAUGAGCAGAAUCCCGAAAGGGCAUUGGGGGUCAUAUUUGGGUCCGAUUCUAGUGUCGGUCAAGAUACUGCACCAGGAACUAAACUUACAGUGAUGAUGGGUGGCCAUUGGUGGGAUGGGUGGAAGGAAUCAGACUAUCCAGACCAUGAGACAGCUGUUGCGAUGGCCCGUAAAUUGCUUCACCGGCAUCUUGGAAUUACGGAUGCGCCCACUGUAACAAGAAGUCGGCUACAGCGGAAUGCCAUUCCUCAGUAUACUGUUGGGCAUCUAUCUCGCAUGCGUGAGCUCUCGCGUUCUACACGCCACGAGCUCAAUAACAGACUCACACUGGCAGGAAGUUGGUACAAUGGUGUUGGUGUGACUGAUUGUAUCCGGCAGGCGUAUCUAUCCGCGUCGUACGGCGUCGGCGCUCGGAAGCUGGGCCCCGGUGACGGCGAUCGCCCCUGGAGGAGGUUUGACUAUGAAAGAUGGGAGUUGGAGGGUGGCAUAGUUACUUCUCCUGUACGGUGGGCUGAAGUGUACAGAUCCGAACGCAAACAUUUCUGA